UCAAUCGUACACAAUAACGUGUACACUUUCGACAUUGAUAUUUCGAUAUUUGAAAUGUUUUAAUGAUUAAUAUCCAUUAAUAAUGGUUGAUGAAGGCACUAAGAGGACUUUGAGCAGCAUCCCUUUACUGCAGACAAAAGCAGGACCCAGGGACAAGGAGCUAUGGGUGAACAGAUUAAAAGAAGAGUACCAAGCGCUCAUAAAGUACGUACAGAACAACAAGUCUGCUGAUAAUGACUGGUUCCGUCUCGAGUCUGACAAAACCGGGACCAGAUGGUUCGGCAAAUGCUGGUUUGUUCAUAACCUCCUGAAGUAUGAGUUUGACCUUGAGUUUGAUAUACCGAUAACAUAUCCAAAGACCGCACCAGAAAUAGCCCUACCCGGUCUUGACGGUAAGACAGCGAAGAUGUACCGAGGUGGCAAGAUAUGCCUCACUGAUCAUUUCAAGCCGUUGUGGGCGAGGAACGUGCCGAGGUUUGGGAUUGCCCAUGCCAUGGCUCUUGGGCUGGGUCCCUGGCUGGCGGUGGAAAUACCGGAGAUGAUCGAGAAAGGCGUUGUCACGUACAAAGAGAAGACUGAGGAAGCGAAAUGAACAAAUUGAACAUUGUAUAUAAAAUUAUAUGUAAAUAAAAUUAUUGUAUAUAUUUGUAUGA